AUGAAAGGCGUUUUAAUUGCUGGUGUCAUUGCUGCGUUCGCCAUUACAGUUGUAGACUCCCUGAAUUGUACACAGUGUCAUGUAUUCAAUAGCACCUGUGAUGACAAUGUCACCGAAUGCGAAGAAGCAGGGUCCCUCAGUUGUGUGGAGUCCUCUGUCAGCUCCACUCUAGGAGGGUUCCUCCAUUUGUACCAGAACAAGUUCUGCUCCGAAUCGAAUUGCACCGAGAACAGCACGGAGGUGGCCUUCACUGUUCGUAUAUUUGAUGAUCAAAGAUUCCAUUUUGCAAGCCAGUGCUGCCAAGGAGAAGCAUGCAAUGGCACCCACUAUGAAUCUGGAACCCAGGAAUCCACUAACACGCAGUGCAUGUCUUGCUACGACUACAACCAAACACGCUGUGAGGAGAAACCCCAGCAGUGUUACGAAGGAGAGCAAUGUGUCCAUAUCAUUGCGGAGCUUACAAAUGGUACUGGCAGAGUGGAGCUAAAGGGCUGUUCUGAUAUCAGCAACUCUACAUGUCAAUUCCUGUCCGCUGAGAACACAACAGUUGGAGAGUUUGUUUUCAUGUCCGUUGAAUGCACGCAGUCCACUGAGGCCAACUCAACCACCGUUACCCCAUCAAGCAUCGAAACUUCCCCCACCUCUGUUACCACAACAACCAGCAUGGGCAUCAGAGCUUCCUUCACCUCCUCUAUCUUUGGCAGCCUCCUUCUUCUGAAGCUGCUGUUCUGA